AUGUCAGAAAAGAGACCCAUCAAACGACUCGUGGUGUUGGUAGACGGAGUUGAGGCUCGGGAAACCAAGAAGGAGACCAACCCUUCAACGAUUCAGCGGAUCAGUCAACUCGUACACGAUGGGCUAGUUGAGUCGAAUGGGCUUUCUGUUGCGCAGAUUCCCAAGUAUUAUGUUGCACCCAGCAAUGUUGUCAAGUUAAGCGACAUGUUCCGAUCACGGAGCGCGACAAGUGAUGACUCGACAAGCCUUAUCAAGAACAUCGUCAGGGACAUCUGCAUCACACUUGAGCGGCCAGAAGAUGAGCUCUGGCUCUACGGUUCUGGACACGGAGCCUUCAUCGCUCGCGCAGUUGCUGGUAUCGUGCAUCGAAUGGGCCUGCCACCAACACCAAGUUUCGAUGAUCUAUUUGAUACAACUCUAGGCCUGAUCAAGGCUCAGCUUGAGGAUGACUUCAAGCGAGGCCCCGUGCUGCUGCAGAAGAUCAAAAGUGAAGCACAAGAUCCUCCUCGGAUACCGUUCGUUGGUCUCUUCGACACCAUCAUUCAUAACUCAAAGACAUCAUACGAUAUCUCCUUCAACUCCUCUAUCGAAACUCUUCGCCAUGCGCUGGCCAUCAAUGAGAACAAGUCCAACAAGACACCGGAAGUGGUCAAAAUUCCUGACGAUGCGGACAUGACACACAGAUCACUUACCCAAGCAUGGUUCCUCGGUACACACGAAGAUAUGGUCGGCGGUACAGCACACGACGGCCUUUCACUCUACCCGCUGCAGUGGAUGGCUCUGGAGAGUAUCUACUCUGGCCUCCGUGUCAACAACAUGGGCGACUCCAAAGCCAGCGACAACCCCAUGGCUUUGAUCUUCCCGCAGUACGCCGGCAACCUUCCGCCCUUGGAUGGAUCAGAAGAGAUCGAAUGGCGCCUCCAAUAUACCAAUGGCCUUAGAACAAGCAUGUUUGAUCUUCAGAGUACACAUGCAAAGAAAUCGGCAGGCGGCGUGGAAACUCAUUCUGUCAAACUUGAUACGGAUUGCUACAAACAUGCAGCAAACCGGAAAGUCUUUGCGGCAGAUGGGGGCUUGAAAGGAUGGUGUGACGUUGGACCGUAUGGAAACAUGAUUCAUCCCUCACUUUUCUGUAUUCUUGAUAGAUACCCCCGAUACAACGACUUGAAGAAUUUCCAGCCCCUCAAGAAGCCAAUCUCAGACUUCCAGGACUCGUACCUAGUCGCUGCAGAAGAUGGACUGGCUCCAUGGCUUCAAGGGAUGCAACUAGAAGCAAGCGGCGUCAAAGCCUUUCGAAUUCUAGUGUGCGGCAAGACUGGCGUCGGUAAAUCGACAUUGAUCAAUAAAGUCUUUGGUGUUGAGAUGACCGAUGAGUCUCUCUCAUAUGAUCAGGGGGUUCAUGACAUCAACGUCGCUUUUGAAUCUCCCAAGCAUCCGGGACUCUUGAUUCAUGACUCAAGGGGUUGGCAAGCUGGUAGUGAUACCGAGCUUGAGUUGAUCGCAAAGUUCCUUCGACACAGAGCGUUCCAAGAGGACCCCGCCGAGGCUCUUCAUGUUAUUUGGUUCUGCGUUGACGCCGAUGUUGCACGUAUCGAGGAAGCCGACAAGCGAACCUUUGCCACCAUCGCCCAAUACUCCCACCAAGUUCCCGUGUUCGUCGUUGGUACAAAGAAGGAUAAACUCACUGGCUAUCGAAAAAUGCAAUACCUGGAAGAACUCAUGGAGAAGACAGACGACUACAGAGAAGCCAAGCGACUUGCCGAAGAGAAAGCCAAUGCUGUUGCCGAGGAACAGUUCGCUGAGCUCAGGAAUCAGCUCUCACAGAUCGAGCACUACAAAGCUGACGGCUUCUGCUGUCUUUCAAAGAAUGAUGACGCCGGUGUCAAAGACCUACUCUCACAAACCCUCGACCUGAUCGUCGACGAACGCGUACGUCUCUUCUGUGUUGCCGCUCAAGUCGUUGAUGUUGAACAGAAGAUCAACUCAGCGAUAACAGAGUGUAUGAGACUAGGAACCCAUGCAAUCCGCACUGCCGCCGUUCCCCUUCCCUGCACAGGCUUGGUCGGAACACCAACCGUCUCACGCCUCAUCUGCGAGCAUGUACUCCAAUGCUUCGGCUUUCCCAAAGCUGCGCCAGCAGAGAUCGAGCAGAUAAUGUCGGAUAUCGUCAUGAGCAACUUCAAGCAGUACCUCCGAGUUUCCCUAUCCCAGUUUGCGGCUGUUAGUGCUAUUUCGAUUGGUGCUGCGGUACCAACUAUGGGAAUUGGUAUCAUUGUUGGUGCAGCGGGCUGUCUUUUGGGACUUCCUCCUACCGCUAGGAUGUUGCUCAAGUGCUCUUGCGAUAUGAUCCUUAUCCUCGAGCGUUCGUUUCGAUAUGAUGGAAAAUAUGUUUCUAUCAAGCAGAUCGAAGACGCAGCCAAGUACUACUCGAGAACGACAAUUACGACGUUCAAUGGAAAGGAGAAGCGGUUACAGCAACAAGUCCAUGAUGAACUUGACCACCUCAUCCCCUUGAAGAAGGUCAACAUUGGCUUCAAGUUCAACAAGCUGAGAUCGUCUGUCGAGGAAAUUAUCUACAGCAAUCGUUUCGGCAACCCUCCCGACUACACUUCCCUCCGAAGCCCCUCCAGUGUUGGUCUCGACCUGCAACCAGGAGGACCCGUCGAGAUGGAUGCUGUGCCUACUAUCUCAGAGCUGCCUGGCGACGAAGUCGACUACUCGCAGUUAUCGAAGUCGGACGAGAAAUUUGAUCAGUUACCACUUCUGGAACUCGACUCGACUGAGGUCGGCGCGAAAGAAGGACAUAAUUCGAUGGCUUCAAAUACUUCAGGAACAACCGCACAAAUUGGUCCUUCACUUGCAACCAAACUUGUUGAGCUUCACGUCCAGCCGCCUGAACUCGAGGGCAAUGCGCCGGGUGACAUCACUGACGUGAGGCAAGACUCGUUGGAAGUUCCACCACCAGCAAUGAGAAGCAAAUCCGACUCGUCUGGGUCUAAAUGGUCGAACAAGCUGUCAUCGUGGAAGUUGAGUCGGAAGUCGAAGACGUUGAAGCAGUGA